AUGGACUCUCCGCUCCAAGCCUUGGACCCGGACGACCACAGCCACACCUACACCGAAACGGCCGGCCUCUUUCUUCGGACCUACUGGCCGAUCAUCGUCCCUUUGGUCCUGAUCGGAAACAUCCUCCGCACCCGCUACCUCUCCCCGCUCCGCCGCUACCCGGGCCCGUUCGUCGCAUCGACGACCCGCCUUUGGAAAGUGAUCACCACCGCCUCCGGCCGCUCGCACCUCAAGCACAUCACCCUUCACCGCAAGUAUGGCCCCGUCGUGCGCAUCGCGCCGAACGAGGUCUCGGUGGCUUCGCCCGAGGCCGCGAGGCAUGUUCUGAGCGCCGGGAAGCGGUUCUACAAGACGGCGUUCUACGGCGUGUUCCCGCCGCCGGAGAACCCGGACAUCUUCACCGAAGUCGACGAAGAGGCUCACGCCCGGAAGAAAAAGGUUGCGAAUGUGCCCUACAGCAUGGCCGCGAUGCAGCACCUGAGCCCCUUUAUCGAUGACACUAUUGAUCUGUUGGUGACGAAGCUGAGUGAAUUCACCGGCCAGCAGCAUACGGACUAUAAAGUGAACAAGUCCGUUGAUCUCGGCGCUUGGCUGCACUACUUCGCUUUUGAUGUGCUUGGGGAAGUAGCUUUCUCUCGGAGUUUUGGGUUCUUGGCUGAAGGGAAGGAUGUGGAGGACGCCAUCGCAACGAUAGACCGCUCGCAGGCGUAUAACGGCAUCGUGGGACAGAUCCCGUGGGUGGACUUUCUGCUGCGGAGGAAUCCUCUGUGGAAACUGGUUCCGAGUUUGGACACGAAGAAUGCGCCGAUCACGAGAAUUGCGUUGAGCGAGAUGGAAAGGAGACGACCGUUUGACAAGGAGAGCGAAGGGAAGCUGAGAAAUGACGACGGGAGACAAGAUUUGUUGGCGAGUCUGAUAAAGGGGCAUCUGAAGGACCCUGAGAGGUUUACUGAGGGGGAUGUGUUUGCGGUUGCUCAUGGAGCCAUUUUCGCCGGCUCGGAUUCAACAGCCUCGACUAUGCAGUCGCUCUUUUGGCACGUCCUGUCCUCGCCACACGUUCACUCCGCGCUCGUCAAGGAGAUUACGGAUGCCGUCGACUCAGGGGCUAUCCCGCCUACGAGCAAUAUCUCGUGGGCAGAAGCCCAGGGGCUGCAUAACUUUCAAGCUUGUUUGAAGGAGGCCAUGCGCGUGAGACCUGCCGUAGGCUUGAACAUCACUCGCGUGGUCCCGCCUGAAGGUGCGGAGCUUGACGGGCAGUUCUACCCUGGGGGAACGGAGAUCGCGGUGAACGGAUGGGUGCUGCACCGUGAUAGGCGAACCUUUGGAGAAGACGCCGAUGAGUACCGACCAGAGCGGUGGCUCGUGGACGUUGAUGAGGCAAAGAGAAUGGAAAGAUACAUGUUCCAGUUUGGAGGAGGUAGCCAUGUGUGCAUCGGACGAAACCUGGCGCUGCUGGAGAUUAACAAGGUAGUACCGCGACUCUUUAGGGACUUCAAAUUUGAGCUUGCCUAUCCUGGGAGGCCACUAAGAGCGAAUGCCACGUUUUUUGUGGUUCAAGAAGGCUUGGAGGUCUUGAUUGAGAGACGGGAGUCUAAGUAA